GCAGACGACGCCGGUCGCAACAAACUGCGCGUUCUGGAACUGUACAGCGGCAUCGGGGGAAUGCACUUCGCCUGCCGACCGGAGAGGACUCGCGUAGUCGCCGCCGUCGACGUGAACACCACGGCGAACUCGGUGUACGCCUUCAACUUUCCCGAGACGCCACUUCUGCAGCGCAACGUGCAGUCGCUGAGCGGCCGCGAACUCGAAUCCCUCCGACCCGACCUGGUGACCAUGAGCCCUCCGUGCCAGCCGUUCACGCGACAGGGCUUGCAGCGGGACUCCCGGGACCCGCGAUCGUCGUCGCUGUUCGCGUUCCUGAGCGUCCUGUCGACGCUGGAGCGCAAGCCGAAGUACGUACUCGUGGAAAACGUCAAGGGGUUCGAGACGUCGGCAACGCACGCGACCCUAACUCAGGUUCUACAAGACAACGGCUACCACAUCCAUCGGUACUUGUUGUCGCCCACUCAGUUCGGCGUCCCCAACUCGCGGCUGCGUUUCUACUGCCUCGCCACUGCACCCGACCCAAUUCAGGGACUGUCAUCAGACGAAAACAGUGUCUGCUCCGGUGCAUGUCAGAAGGAGCCACCACACGAGCCAGCGGGAACCGGACCGCCGCAGAGCCUGUCGAGUUUUCUCAAGUUCGACGCCAAAGAGGAUUUGGCGGAUGAGGCGAGCUGUCUCCUUCCUGACAAGGUGCUCUCCAGGUUCUCGCUCCUCCUUGACAUUGUAGAGCCGACUGUCGACCAACUACGUGCUGCUUCACCAAAGGCUACGGUCACUACGUCGAAGGCACGGGCUCUGUUCUGCCUUCAGGCCCCAGUGGAUCGUAUGCACGAGGUGUACCGCGAAGUGCCCCACAAGGAGGCUGUGCCGGAACACGUCCUUGAAAAGCUGCGAAGCCUGCGCCUACGUUACUUCACUCCACGGGAGGUCGCUCGACUGAUGUGCUUUCCACAGCACUUCGCCUUUCCACGAGAACUGAAGCCAAGGCACCGAUACCAGCUGCUGGGGAACAGUGUCAACGUUUGUGUCGUGGCUGCACUGCUGGACUAUUUGCUGGAUGAUGUGCCAGAAUCUUAGGACAGUUUGCUUAGCUCUAA